AUACCACCAAAUUCAAAAAUCAAUUAUCCAAAAUUUGUUGACGGGAUCGAAUAGAUGAUGAUCCGAUCCCGCUACUCCGCUCUCGCAUUCAUUAUCCUUACCUUCUCGAUCAUCGCUGUGUGUGAUAAGCUUUCCGACGGCGGAGAUUUCCUCAGGCUUCCUUCCGAAGCUCGCCGCUUCUUCGACGGCGAUGACGUCGGCACUAGAUGGGCUAUCCUCUUAGCUGGCUCCAACGGCUACUGGAAUUAUCGCCACCAGGCUGAUGUAUGCCAUGCGUAUCAAGUCUUAAAACGAGGUGGUCUCAAAGAUGAAAACAUUGUUGUUUUCAUGUAUGAUGACAUUGCUAACAAUGAAGAGAAUCCAAGGCGUGGAAUUAUAGUCAAUAGUCCUCAUGGUGAGGAUGUCUACAAUGGAGUUCCAAAGGAUUAUGUUGGAGAACAUGUUACUGUCGACAACUUUUUUGCCGUCCUUCUUGGGAACAAAACUGCAGUUAAAGGAGGUAGCGGAAAAGUCGUGGACAGUGGUCCCAAUGAUAAUAUAUUCAUAUACUACUCCGAUCAUGGUGGUCCUGGGGUGCUUGGGAUGCCUACCAGUCCGUACCUUUAUGCGAAUGAUCUGUUCAAUGUUUUAAAGAAGAAGCAUGCUUCCGGAACAUAUAACAGCUUGGUAUUUUACCUUGAAGCAUGCGAGUCUGGAAGUAUAUUCGAAGGUCUUCUUCCUGAAGGCUUGAAUAUUUAUGCAACCACGGCAGCAAAUGCAGAAGAAAGUAGCUGGGGAACGUACUGUCCAGGAGACUCUCCUAGUUCUACACCUGAUGAAUACGGGACGUGCUUAGCUGAUUUGUAUAGUGUUGCAUGGAUGGAGGACAGUGACGCGCAUAAUCUACGCACCGAGACUUUGAGACAACAAUAUCAGCUGGUGAAAAAGAGAACUGCUGCUGGAAAUUCUUAUUAUGGCUCCCAUGUCAUGCAAUAUGGUGAUCUGAAACAAAGUUUGGAUACUCUUUACAUGUACAUGGGUACAAAUCCUGCAAAUGACAACUUUACUUUGUUGAGUGAUAACUUUCUGUUGCCAUCUUCCAAAGCUGUAAACCAGCGGGAUGCAGAUCUUCUACAUUUUUGGCAUAAGUUCAGUAAGGCUCCUGAAGGCUCGACGAGGAAAUUUGAAUCCCAGCAACACCUUGCGGAAGCUAUGACACAUCGAACACACAUAGACCACAAUAUUAAACUUAUUGGAAAACUUCUUUUCGGGAUCGAGAGGGGCCCCGAAGUGCUCAACAAUGUCAGACCUGCCGGAGAACCUCUUGUGGAUGACUGGAAUUGCCUUAAAUUGCUGGUUCGAAAAUUUGAGACUUAUUGUGGAUCUCUAUCCCAGUACGGGAUGAAACAUAUGCGUUCCAUCGCCAAUAUCUGCAAUGCUGGGGUGAAUGUACAGCAAAUGGCCGAAGCAUCCUCCCAAGCCUGCACCAGUUUCCCUUCUAACCCUUGGAGCUCGCUGCACAGGGGCUUCAGUGCUUGAUGGUCGACGGACAAACCUUGAAUGUCUAGGUUAAUAUUUCUCUGUAUAUGGAUCUAUUUCUUGGCCUUCAAUGCAAAAUUGUUACUAUUAUGAUUCUCUCCUAUAAGGAAAGAUUUCCUCCA